AUGGGCGACACAACCACAACCACCGGCAAGAAGCAAAUCAUCCUGAAUGCCUUUGUCAUGAAUACCCCGGGCCAUCUGGCCCCUGGGUUGUGGAAACACCCUAGAAACAAGACCGAUCAGUAUAAGAAGCUCUCAUUUUGGACUGAUCUAGCCCAAUUGUUGGACAAAGCUGGGUUCCAUGCAAUGUUCAUCGCGGACACUCUGGGCGCAUACGAUGUCUACAAAGGACCAGCAAAUGUGGUGCCAACAUUGUCAUCCGGCGCGCAAUUCCCAGUGAAUGACCCGCUUUAUCUUGUUCCCGCCUUGUCGGCCGUCACCAAGAACCUUAUCUUCGGAGUGACCGCCAGCCUGACGUACGAGAAGCCAUAUUCACUCGCACGACGGCUCUCCACUGUGGAUCAUCUCAGCGAAGGACGGGUGGCGUGGAAUAUUGUGACUUCCUAUCUAGACAGCGCAGCCCGGAAUCACGGGUUGAACGAGCAGAUUCCACAUGACGAGCGAUAUGCUAUAGCAGAUGAAUACCUGGAGGUGCUUUACAAGCUCUGGGAAGGCAGUUUCCGCGAUGAUGCCGUGUUGGCUAAUAGGGAGCUUGGAACAUAUAUUUCGAGUGACGGUGUACGGGAGAUCAACCACAAGGGCAAAUAUUUUGAUGUUCCCGGUCCUCAUUUCUGUGAGCCAUCGCCGCAACGCACGCCAUUCCUCUUCCAAGCUGGUGUUUCGGAGGCAGGUAACAAAUUUGGUGGGGCCAAUGGAGAGGCAAUCUUUAUAGGUGGUCAGACCCCUGAGAUCACCCGUGUCACAGUCGACAACAUCCGUGGUAUCGCCAAGGAGGCAGGUCGCGAUCCAAACCAUAUCAAAGUCAUUCUGGGAAUCAAUGUUCUCGUCGCGGCAACAGAUGAAGGUGCCCAAGCCAAACGGGAAGAUUAUCUGAAAUAUGCCGAUGACGAAGGUGCUCUUGCUUUGUUCGGCGGAUGGACUGGGAUAGAUCUGUCCACCUACGCCGAUGAUGAAGACUUCCGGUUCAGUGGCUCUCCUCGGGUCCAAUCUGUCGUACGCAGAUUCGCAGACACUGUUCCUGGCACUGAUAAUCUCCCAUGGACGAAACGCAGAAUCGUGGAGUACAUCAGUGUCGGUGGACUCCAGGCCAAGAUCGUUGGCGGUCCCAAAACCGUGGCAGAUGAGUUGGAGCGAUGGGUGGAGAUUUCGGAUGUGGAUGGAUUCAACCUUGCUCAUAUUGUAAAUCCCGGAACCUUUGAGGACAUCAUUGAGUUCCUUCUGCCCGAGUUGCGACGCAGAGGCCUGUUCCGGGAGACAAUCGAGAAAGAGGGUGCCACGGCCCGUGAAGUCUUCAUUGGCUCACGUCGUUUGCCUGAAGGUCAUCCCGGUAGCAAGUACAAAUGGCGGGGCGGCGAAGCUAUUCCCAGUUAUCAGCAGGCCUAG